AUGCGCAUUGCAGCGAUUCGCCCGCGGCCCCCGUCCCUCGCGACGGCCCUGCACGCACCCAUCAAGGCGGUCGGCAAGUUCAAAUCCAUCAUUGCCACCGAAUUACUGCACCUCGCCAAACUCGAAAAGCUUUUGAAUGCAACGUGCGAGUGGAAAGCCGAGCUACUGCGGCCGCCAUCCGCGCCGCGCAUCCGCAUCCAAGCCACGUCACGAGGACGACUCAUCGGUGUCCUUGCCGUCUACUACAUCGUCACGAUCGCGCUCGCCUUCACGAUCGCCCUGGACCGCACCUCGAGCACGUUUGUGACGCCGCCCGUCACGGCUUCCUCGUCCGUCCUCCUCGAAGUGUCACCCACGACCGAAACAAUCAGCAUCGAACUCAUGUCAAGCUCGUUGGCCUACCUCGAUGCGAUCCUCAGCAAUUCCACAACUGGACUUGGCAACAUUUCCAUCUUUGCAUUCCCCGACACGCCGUCGCAGACCCAAGUGAUUCCGUUCGAGAGUCUCUUCUGGUCGCCCACGAGCAACCAAUCGAUUGCGUCGUCGCCCUUUCCAAUCGCGUACGGCGUUCUGUACAAGCUCAAGGUGGACUUGUACAGCAGUGUGCACAUCAACGUCUCGAUGAGCGAUGGAGCUCCCUUUACGGUGUUGGCCCGGACAGGGUACACGGCGCCGUACAUGAUGACGCUUGUGGGUUCGCUCGUGACGUUCAUUAACAUCUCGUGUGGAAUCUACUUUCGCAUGCGCAUUCGAACGUUUGCAAUCCCGGGGCAAGGACUACCGCAGUGGGACUGGGUCCAACUGCAUCUCUUGGCGCUCUUGCUGUGGAUCUGUGUCCCGUACGAAGUCGCCGUCUACAAGGCCGUCACACAUGGCUUGACCGUCGACUAUACCUUUCGCCAGAUUGCAUUUUGGCUGCGACUUUUCGGCAAGAACGGGUGUCGGCUUGCGGUGCUGCUCUUUUGCGACGGCAUGGCAACCAUCGAGCCGACGCGCGCCCCGAGUUUUUACGCCAAAAAAGUGCUGGCCGUGGUGGCCCUCACGGCUGUCCAGGGCGCGAGCCACAUUGUGUCGUCGCCAUCGCUCGUCUUCCCGCUCGUCUACUUGUAUACGUGGCUCGAAUUUGUUGUGCAGUGUGUCAUGGUACUCUGGCUCACGUACCGCCGAGGCAAGCGCGUGCGUCGCCAGCCGUACCGCAGCGCGACGCUCGAGUACACAACAUACAGUGUCAUUUCCUUCUUGGUCGUGCAGUUUGCGAUUGCAUCGGCCUAUAGUCUCGUCCGACUCUUGGUGGCGGCGGGGACGUCAAUUGCGACCGCCGAUGCGAGCAACGCCGCGCCGGGUGCGCAGCAAGCAGCUCUGCUCGCGGGCCUCAUUCGCGAUCAAAUGUUUGCGUGGAUCCUCCUCAAGUGCUACAUUCCUUUACCGCCUUCGUCGAGCGUUCUAGACGCGACCUCGACGGCGUUCUCCCUCACGGAGGCGUCUUCGUCGUCGCCGUCGGUCUUUUGCCUCGAGACGGCGGUGACCAUGCUCAACCUCUCGGACAUCCCGGACCUCGACGCCCUCGACUGUGCGCUCCUCGCCGCCUUUCACGACCCCGCAACCGACACCAACGGCAUGCUGGUCUACGAAGAGCGCAAGCAGCGCUACGUGCUCGCGUUCCGGGGCACUGGUAGCAUUAAGAACGCUGCGACGGACCUCAAGUCGCGCCAGAUGCGGCUUCCCGGCACCGUCUACUCGGGAAAAGGCACCCGGCAUUUUGUGCACGUGCACUCGGGCUUUUACCACGCGUACGUGACGCUCGAGCGGCAUUUGCACGCGGCAAUCGGCAAGAUUCCAGACAAGAGCGUCGUUAUCUGCACGGGCCACAGCCUCGGCGGUGCGCUGGCCACGAUCGCCGCCAUGGACUUGGCACUGAAGCGGCCCUCGCUGCGCCUCGCUGUGUACAAUUACGGCAGCCCCCGCGUCGGCAACCACGCGUUCCAGGAGCUUUUCAAUGCGACGAUGCCAGCGUUUCGCGUCGUCAACGACGGUGACAUUGUCACGCAGUAUCCCAAGCGGGACUAUACCAACGUCGAUCUUGAUGGCGUCUGCGUCUACAAGCACGUGGGUAUUGAAAUCACGCUCAUGUGCAGCGAGAACGCGGUUCGAGGGAUUAUUAUCCGGCCAACUUACAUUGACCGGUUUUUUGUCCUGGCGCACCGCAACAGCCUCGCGAGCCACAGCCUGGAAAACUACCGCAACAGCUUCCGAUCGCUCAUGGUCGCCGGCACGGACCGCCUUGGCGUGUCGAGCUGCAACUCGUCGCGCGAAGCAAGCGUCGAGAGCAUCGACAAGGUGAACGACAAGGAGGAGCUGGAGCAACAGCGUAAGCAUCCGGCGACACCACACGACAUCCACCUCGAGCUCUCGACUGAUGUGACAGAACAUUCGACCGCUGAAGACGCGACCACCGCAGACGCGACCACUAUGCAUUUGGCGACGGGUCGCGCAUAGUCCUAGAAGCGCCUAUUAUUUCUCUGUGGGUAACGUGGCAUCGCCCACAUGCAACUCCAGGAGGAGCGUAUGCUGCAGGCUGUGUAAGCCUCUUGUAUUUCAUAAUUCACAACGUUGUUGCUGUUUCAACG